AUGCCAAAGAAACGCUCGCGCUCGGAGUCGGCUGGAGAUAGUGCAUCGGGUCAGCCAGUGGAGAAGCGCAUGAAAAGCAACAGCCCGGCGAGUGUCACCGAAAACCACAAUGACUCCUUCACUUCUGCCUCAGACAACCAGUUCUCAAGAACUACACGCCGUGGCCGCCUGUCAACAGUCGGCGUAACCUACUACGAGAACAACCCCGAGAGUGACGAAGAGACCUGGGGCGGCGAACCUUCCGAGCCCAUGUGGGAGGUCGAAAGCUGCAUCUCUAUCCGGCCAACGAGAGAGAGCGCAUGGGACACCGACAAGCCACCAAAAACAUCCGAGUGCGAGACCCUGCUCGAGUGGAAGGUAGGGGGCCUGUCAUGGGAGCCCAUGUCCGAAAACCUCCAGAACUGGCACAUCGCCCAGUACGUCCACACUCUGUCUCGCAGUCAGAGGCCGAGGGACUACACUUUCCCCGUCGGGUUUUCUCGGCACAUUCGGCGGGAGACCGCGCUUCGGGAGGUGCUUGCGGCGAGGAGACUGGCCGAACUCAAGUAUCCGACGUUCUUCGAGGCUGAGAAGUCUCGUUACUACCCUCCUUCUCCUCCGUCUUCUCCUUCGCCGGAUGCCCAGUCUUAG